AUGUCACAACGACUAUCAAAUGAACAAUGUCUUUCAACAACAUCAUAUUCUAAUAUUGGAGUAUCACAAAUAUUACCAUUUCUUUAUCUAGGUUGUCAAGAAGAUGCUCUUUCAGAAAAAACAAUGCAGGAUAAUCAUAUAACACAUGUUAUUAAUGUGAGUAAAACAGGAGAUAGAGCUUCAUUUCUUAAUGAAAAUGAUGAUGAACAUUUUUUACGAAUACCAAUUAAUGAUUGUCUUAAUGCAGAAUUGCUACCUUAUUUUGACAAAGCUUAUACAUUUAUUGAAAAAGCUCGACUUAAUAAUGGACGUAUUUUUAUUCAUUGUUUAGCUGGUAUUAGUCGCUCACCGGCUCUUGCAAUUGCAUAUGUCAUGCGUUAUUUACAUUUAUCUGCUGAUAAUGCUUAUCAAUAUGUAAAACAACGUCGAUCACAAAUAUCACCAAAUUUUAAUUUUUUAGGUCAAUUAUCUGAAUAUGAACAUAAUCAAUCAUUAACAUCAAAAUCAACAUCAAAUAUCAUUCGUCCAAUAGUUAAAUGUUGUGCAAUUGAAACACCUUUAAAUGAUCGUCGUCGUUUUAUACAAGUGGAAGGUUCUAGUAAUACAAAUAAUUCCAUUGAACCUCGAACUAAUAGUUUAUCACGUCCAACAUGUUUUAAUUUUGAUUUAAUCAAUACAUCACGAUCACAAAGAUUUUUAUCACCAUCGUCUACUAUGACAAAUCUAGUUGUGAAAUCAUCUCCAGAACAAAGUUUAUUAACACAGAAAUUAAUAAGUCCAAAUAGUAUGUCAAUAAAACAUUCGACCUUAACAGUCAAAUGUUCAACGUCAGACUUAAUCAAUAGUAAUUGGGAUGAAUUAACUAAUACUGAACAAAUUGAAACACUAUCGAAAACUACAGAUAAAUCGCCAUUAAUUGAAGAAACUGAUUUAAUAAAUACAUAUUUUCAAGAGUCAAAAAUAUUAUCAAAAUCUUUACAACAAUGGGAAUCUACACAAUCACUUGAUUCAACUUGUGAGACAACAACAACAAAUAUAUUAAGUUCAAGUCCUGAAUUACUUGUUUCAUAA